AGCCAAUUUCCUUCUUAGCUGCCUAAACAACGCCGAGUCGGAGCAUACUAUUGGUCAUCAUCGCAUCACUGUCUCAUAUCCGUUUCCGACCAAUGAUGCUCAGUAUAGCUUAAAGGACACUCAACACAAGGAUCCGGGGAAAGCAGCAUCCGUCAGUCGUCCACAAUGUGGCGGGACCGCACCAAUCUUUACAUCUCCUACCGUCAGUCAUUUACCCAUCACCCCGCAAAGAAGCCGCGAUACCUCGGAACACCCAAUGGCUUCUCCGACGUAGCGUCACAAUCUGAAGAAAGUCGGCGGCUUAUAUCUGAAUCCACGGGGAUUGACGACGAUGGCGAUGCGAUCAUUGAGAUGGAUGUGCUCCCGCCACGCUGGGUCGAUGUGCAGGAGGAUGUGACGGACUUACUCGCGGACAUUGCACAGAAGUCGGCCCAGCUAGAUAAGCUGCACCACAAGCACCUCUUACCGGGAUUCGGCGAUGAGGAAGUACGAAAGCAAGACGAGCGUGUUAUUGAACGGUAUACGCAAGAAAUUACACGCGGCUUCCAUGAGUGUCAGAAGCUUGUCAAGCGCAUAGAGGUUAUGGUACAUGAAGCCAAACAGCAAGGGGGGGUGAGUAGCGGAGAUGAAACCAUGGCCAAGAACAUUCAGAUAUCACUUGCAUCGAGGGUACAAGAAGCCAGUGCUCAGUUCAGGAAGAAACAAAGCAAUUAUUUAAAGAAGCUACGAGGUCUUGAAGAUACGGCCUCACAAUUCGAUCGUUCUACUACGCCAAUGCAGAAUCCGUAUACAGAUCCGUCAUUAAUGGAGUCCGAUGCCGAUAAGUCCUUCUCGCAAACCACCCUGAUGCAGACGACACAGCGGAUGACCGGCCAAAACGAUGCCGCAAUCCUACAACGAGAGCGGGAGAUCAACGACAUUGCCAAAGGAAUCAUCGAACUAUCUGAUAUUUUCCGCGAGCUACAGGCAAUGGUCAUCGACCAAGGUACAAUGCUGGAUCGCAUAGACUACAAUGUGGAGAGAAUGAACACCGAUGUUCAAGCAGCCCAGAAGGAACUCAAUGUGGCGACUAACUACCAACGGCGUACCACAAAGCGCAAAAUAAUUCUUCUUUUGAUCCUUCUGGUGGUGGGGAUGAUAAUUAUCCUCCUCGUUAAGCCGAAGAAACAUGAAUCAUCUGAACCUGCGCCGCCUCCUACCCAACCAGAAAAUCUACCGCCUGGCCUACGGCCGCGAGGUUUUGAAAUAGCAUAUAGGCGUCCAAGGUCACCUUCAUUGACGCGAGUUGCAAGGAGCGAGUGGGUUGAUCCUGAUAUAUAUCGAUAAUUAUUUGUUUUCUAGAGAUACCAUGAAUAAUAGCCC